AUGAUCACCCUUGCAGGUGGAUCUCUGCUGACAAACUCGUCAUCUCGUGUCCUGGAUAUGUUUUCACCACAUCGACUCAUGGUCAAUCGUGCGGCCUCCACCAUCCAUCCUCCACCUGAACUGAUUCGCUCCACGUCGACUCCAUUCCCAGCACCAGUCAUGCAAUUCCACAACUCUGGCGACUAUUUCGACUCCGGCCAUCUCACUAUUCUCGAUACCGACUUCAAUGGCCCUGCCUCAUCACUAGCAUUAUUGAGGUGUUAG